GGCCCUGGGCCUGUCCCAAUUAGUGUGAGAAAAAUUGCAGAAAUUCCUACAACGAUCACUAUAACAAACACUGAUCCCAAUUUGGUACAACAACCUACUUCAGUAGCCAAUCUACAACCUUUUGAUUACUUGAUGCUACUUAGAUCUGAGAAUACAUUUACAACCAAAUUCAACUUAUUCAUGGCCAACUCCCAUCAACAUCUAUCUAUAGAUACUCAUUCGAAUACUACAAUUAAAUCUUUACUAAAAAAAUCCUAUACCAUGGCACUUAUAGACAACCAAAAACCCAAAUCUAAAUAA